GCGGGUCUGGCCGCAGUCCUCCACGGUGUGAGAGAAGGGCCGUCUCGUUGCUCCGCGCUGCUGCCGCUCUGCCCCGCGCCGGAAGCGGGGGAGCGGCGGCGGCGGCGGUCGCUAUGGAGGCCCCGGUGCGGCUGUGGGUGAAGACGGAGCCGUUCCUGGUGGGGGCCCUGCCCGCCCCGCCGCCCGCCCGCCUCAGCCCUCACUACCUGCGGAAGAUGGCGGCCUACGCCCGGGCGCGGGCGGCCGAGGGCUGCUUCCCGCGCCUGCCGUGGCCCCGCUGGCGGCACAUCGCCUGCGGAAAGCUGCAGCUGGGCCGCGGCCUGGCCUGGCUCUACUUCGACCUCUUCCGCAGCCUCCUCCGGCCCGACCCGCCGCGCCGCCUCGAGUGGGCCGAGGCCGAAGCGGCCUGUGCCGGCCCCGACGAGCUGGAGCAGGAGCGGAGCAAGCUGUCGGUGGACACCCUGCAGUUCCUCCUCUUCCUGUACGUCCAGCAAGUGAACAAGGUCUCCCUGCGGCGGUCUCUGAUUGGGGAGGAAUGGCCCAGCCCCCGCACCAAGUCUCCCGGCCUGACUGGAAAAUCCGGCAGCGAGAAUAAGAACUGGAACGAUCAGGACCACCAUGCCUUCGUGCUGAGCCACCUCUCGGAUCUGCUGGAGCUGCUGCUGGAGCCGGAGCAGCUCACUGCCUCCUCCCACUCCACCCACAGCAGCUUGGUGUCCUACGAAGCCGUCUGUGCCCUCAGCUUUCUUAUCGAAGGGACGGUGACCAAAUCCAGGAUGGUCCAUCCUCUGCACGAGCUUGCCCUCUGGCAGCCCUGUCACGGCCAGAAUGGCUACUCAAAGGUCUCCAGAGCCUUCUCCUUCCCCAAACUAGAGAGCUGGCUGCGCUCUUGCCUGACGUCAAACCCUUUUGGAAUGACUGCCUGCCUCAAGUCCGGGAAGAAGCUCGCCUGGGCACAGCAAGUUGAAGGAACAACCAGGAGAGCAAAGAUCGCCUGCAACACUCGGGUGGUGCCUGAGGUGUUCCCCAUGGUGAUCAUGAGCCAGGUCUACAAGCAAACGUUGGCCAAGAGCUCGGACACCCUGGUGGGGGCUCACGUAAGAAUUCAUCGCUGCAACGAGUCCUUCAUUUAUCUCCUCUCUCCCCUCCGGUCGGUGACCAUUGAGAAGUGCCGGAACAGCACUUUUGUCCUCGGCCCCGUGCAGACCUCUGUCCAUGUCCACAGCUGUGACAACGUCAAGGUCAUCGUGGUUUGCCAUCGUUUGUGCCUUUCUUCCACAUCUGGCUGUACCUUUUACAUUCUCACCCCUACCCAACCUCUCAUCCUCCUGGGGAACGAAGCCAUCAGCUUUGCCCCUUUCCACACCCAUUACCCCAUGCUCGAAGACCACAUGGCUCAGGUGGGGUUGGCCACUCUGCCCAACUACUGGGACAGCCCCAUGCUGGUGUGCAAGGAGAGCGGUGACACCAGCGUCUUCCGCCUCCUGCCGCCCUCAGACUUCUACCCCUUCGUGAUUCCUUUUGAGAUGGAAGGAGACACCACGGAGACGCCGGGUGGGCUUCCCCACGCCUAUCAGAAGGCGCUGAGUCAGCGAGAGCAGAAGGUGCAGAUCUGGCAGAAAACGGUGAAGGAGACGGGCCUGACCAAGAAUCAGAGGAAACGGUUCCAGGUGUUGGUAGAAAAUAAAUUCUACGAGUGGCUGGUUCAGACAGGGAACCGUCAGCAGCUGGACAGCCUUGUUCCUCCUGCGGUGGGCUCCAAGCAGGCAGCCGGAUAGCCUCGUGGCUAUGGUGAGAAGGAAUGAGCUCUGGGACCGGGCAGUGGUGCACUGAGAGCAGUUCUCACUCAGACUUUGCAGCCCUCCUGCCCGAACACGCUCGACGCCGACCCGACUCCCAGCCUCGGCGCGGAUGGGACUCUCUGUUCUGCUUUAGGAUUUCUCCCCCUUUCCUGGGAGCGUGCUGUAACUAGGCUGUUGGUAACUGAGAAGACUCAUGAGGAUGAUGAAGGGUCCUUUAGUGGGGUGGCCAUCAGCACAGUUAGUGGCUGUGGUGGGCCGAGGUGGAUGCAGGGCCCUGGCGUCGUGUGCAUCGUUACGGUACGAGCCAGCCCCACUGCUUUUAUACAUGCAAAAAUUGAAUAUUUCCUUAUUAUUUUUUUUAAAAAUGAAUGAGAUUCAGUGAUUUUUUAAAUUAUUUUUAAUAUGAAGAUGGCACUCGAGCAGUGUGACGUUAUAACUUUCUUAACACAUUCGCAUUGUUUUGACAAAAUGUCAAUAAAACAGAGUUCUUGGA